GACCUUUUUAAAAAGUUCUUGCUUCGUGGCGCGGUUGCAACAGGAAAAGACUUUCCAGUCUAUCCUUUAUAGCGUACGCCAUGCGCAGCGUGUAAGGAGACUGGCAGGGGCAGAAGCAGAUGCGGAAGCUAGCAAUCUAAAUCCUUCAACGAUCAUCCACAGGUCUAGCUAUAUCUUCAAGAUCUCCAUCAUCCAGUAAUGACUGAGUUGGAAACUAAGUCUUCUGUUCGUCAGCCGUUCGACGAUGUUGACACCCGUAUAGAUAUAAAAGAUGCUAAUGAGAAAGGAGACUUGGAAUCACACUGCCCAGCAAAUGCUCUGAACCAAAGGGUAAUAGGAGAUAGUUUGACUGAAUCAGAGGAUGCCCUCCGCAUUGGUGAUGAUCAAGAAAAGAAGCAGAACAGGAAGGAUGGCUCCAAUAUUCAAAGGGAUAAAGCCCUGGAAAAGAUUUUCCUGAUCACAAAUUUAGCUGUCGAGCUUCCAUCAGCUGUUUUUGAUCAGCUAUCCUCAGUGCACAAACCCCAAUAUGCUCUAAUUAGCAUGAUCAUGUCUUUCACAGUGAUGCUCAUCUCCAUUAUUGAUCUUGCACGUAUGGGUCGAAGAGAAAGAGUUAAAUGGAUGAGGAGAGGCAAGAUCAUACCUUGGUUUUACUCCCCAUAUCCAAGUUACAAGCCUCUGGGGACAUUUGCUGAUAUUGUUGGAUUAGUUUGUGGCAUCUUCCAAUGUGCUUCUGCAGCAAUUGCUUAUGCCUUUUUGUCUCAGAAAGCUGACAGUCCUAUCAAAAUUUCAGUUUGGCCAUUAAUCUUUGCCUUUGGUGUAUUGUGUUCUAGAUUUCCAAGGAAUCCUCGUCCAAAAUCAGCCCUUCGGCGCCUAAAAACUGCUCAUCCUUCCCGGCGAGGACUGCAGCCUCCUGAUUACCCAUCGCCGUCUUAUGAAACUCCAUUACUCUUCCAAGAUAAGAAUUAUUACAGGGAUAAGAAUUAUUACAGGGACUUGUCUGAGAUUGCUGAGCAGGCCAAAAGGCGUGCAGAAGUAGCAAGGUUAAGGGAGCUUAACACACUCAAGGGGCAUGUUGAAUCGGUGGUGAGAACCAAGGGACUUGACAUUGACCUUGAAGGGUACUACUCUGUUUGAGAAGAUGCCUCUGUAUCUGUUGAGUUUUGAGCGAGAAGAGUGAAACUCAGUCAAUAAAACUUAGGAUGCAUCCUGAAAAAAGGGGGGAAAAAUCCUUCUUGAAGAUUUUCCAGGAUGCAAGGGUUUGGUAAGAAACAUAUGAGAGCAACAGCCAGUAUCUUCGAUAAUUCUUGUUACAUGAAUGGAUGCUGACAUUUUGGAGAACGCAGCUGUGCUCUGAUUUCAGUGUCAUUACAUAUUAUGCACAUAUCUCUUCUCGAAAAACAAAAUUUUUGUGAGAUU